AUUCGACGAUUGUGUUUUCAGCUACCGGUAACUGGGUGGGUUCUUUAUAUGCGCUACAGUCAAUUAUGAUUGCAUGUCUACUUAUAUUAACUAUAUAAUUAUUAAUAAUUAAAGAACUUGUAUGGAAGAAUUUCAUGGUAAGGUCGACACCGGUUGUAUUCAGCGCUUUGACACUUGUUGUCGAUUUUGAUCAUCCUGCAUCUCCUGCAUUGUAAGAGGUUCUAUUGUCAACCAAUCAUUAGGGUGUUUUGUUUGACCCACACGAACAUGACUGAAACAUUUAUAAAUGAUUUAUGUGUACAGUGGGUAUACAGUACACCCAAAAGUGAUGAGGCUCUCACUAAUUGAUUCUACACUGUGUACACACGAUAUUAUAUUAUGAUUUCAGUUUGUGAGUGUGUGAUAUGGGGGUUGGAUACAUAUUUAUACAUUAUAAAAACCUAUUAUAAAACGUUAACACAGCCAUGUUGAUCUGAGCCUUGCUGUUGGAAAACCACAUUAGUGUCUGACAUUUGGCUGUCACAGAUGCAGCUCCCCUCGACUUUCGUCUACAGUCGUUUGCUUUGGCCUUACCACUCAAACACGACCAUAGGUUGUGGAAUGCUGUCAGCAUGUCCGCUGCCCCUUUAAAUACGUCAUUCAUUGCUUCAAGCCACACGGGAGGAAACGUACAUCAAAGUCUGCUCAAGAACGUAGAAGAACAUUUUCGGAUAACGAGUCGUUCAGUAUAAACCGUUCCGCAACGUAGCAAACGUUCAAGCUAAUUGAAUGUACCUCUAUGACAAUCCAGUCACGUGACGGAACGUGGAUCAAUACGUCAAAUCUAUGCGUCAGGAAAAACGGCCGCAGUAAAACCGAAAAUAAAAAUACACAUGAGACAGUCGGGCAGCUGUCAAUGUCCAUUCCCCAUGUCAUUCUCCCAGAUCACCCAGUCUUUGUAUCUGGGUGGUGUGGACACAGUCUUCAAGCCCACCGGUCUCUACAGUAGGAACAUAACUCUGAUUGUCAACGCCACUGCAGAGCACCCCUGUCCUCAGUAUGAGGGGGUGGAGUGUUUCCAGGUACCCGUACUGGACCAGCCUCACGCCCCCCUGGCCUGCUACUUCGAUGCUGUUGCAGAACGUAUCCAUAACAACCACUCAGGGAGUACGCUGGUCCACUGCACUGCAGGCCGGAGUCGUUCUCCUACCCUGAUCAUGGCUUACCUGAUGCGGUAUGAGGGGGUAUCACUGCGCCAGGCCCAUGAGUGGGUCCUGAAGUACAGACCUCAUAUCCGACCCAAUGCUGGUUUCUGGAGGCAGCUGAUGGAGUAUGAGAGGAGGCUCUAUGGGAAGAAUACUGUGAGGAUGGCUGCUACCUCCUGUGGUGUGCUGCCUGAGGCUCUGGAUGGACAGGAGGCUAUUUACUGUGUGAAUGGCUGAUGGUAUGUGUCCCAAAUGGCACCCUAUUCCUUAUGCAGUGCAUUACUUUUGACGAGCCUAAAAUGAAAAGAGUGCUAUUUGGGAUUUGUCAUAGAUGCAUAUGAGAAAAUAAAACCAAUUGCUAUAAAAAAUAUUAAAAAAUCUGAUGUUUAUUUAUAAAUUAUUUACAUUUAGUAAUGUAUGUAUUCAUCCUAGCUUGGUAUGGUCUUCUAAAUGGCGCUGUAUCAUCUCUGCAAUGAAUGUACAGCUCUGCGGUGCCUGACGCACCCCUCGGCUGUCGAUACACCCCCCAAGUCCAAUUUGGAGGUACCCAUCCUGGGGAGAAUGGUCAGUCCGGUUGCAUCCCAAACUGCACCCUAUUCACUAUAUAGGGUGUCAUUUAGGAUGCCCAGUAUUUUCUGACAUAACGAUGGGUUUAGGUUAGAACAGGCCAGAGGAGGAACUGUCUUCAGUAUUGGAAACUUCUCUUGGUCUGGAUGUCAUCAAGGAUCUGCUGCAGCUCCUCAUCCUCAAACUGCCCCUCCAGACUUUUGACAGAACAAACAGACAACUACUGUCUCUAAAUGUAUAUAUAAUAAACAUUUACGCCUGA